CCUUUUCCCGAAGAAGGGUCCCUUUUCACCCAAAGAGGUGCCACCGGCUUCCUUCUCGCUGGCGAGGCUGCGUGCGCGGAGGGCGCCGUCAUGUAUUACAGGUUCAACGGCUUCACGCAGAGGCUGGUCGGGGCCGGUGCUUCCGCGGCCUACACCCCGCAGGGACUCAAGCCAGUUCUCUCUGUGGAAUCACCACCUCUCAUCUUUGGAACACCAACAAAAGUAGCUUCAGAAGCACCACCAACGGUUGAGUUUUUCUGGAAAAACAAGGUGCCAGAACUACAGAAGCUCUUUCAGAAACCUGAUGGUGUGCCAGUGCAUCUGAAACGGGGCCUUCCUGAUCAGCUUCUUUACCGGACCACAAUGGCACUAACAAUAGGAGGGACCAUCUACUGUCUAAUAGCACUCUACAUGGCUGCCCAGCCAAAAAGACAGAAUUGAAUUUCUGAGCCUAUCUUCCAGAAGGGGGGUUGGCAUUUAACCUCCCACUGUUCCACUUCCAUUAUGUGACUGUAGCAAAUUCUUGAGAUUCCAUAUUGAGACUAAGGAAGAUUUCAGGAAAGCAAUGGUCUUCUAAUCCAUAGGAAGAUAAGGACAAAAUUAGUACUGGAUGGUGGGGAAAACUCAGUUUCCAGCUCUGUUCUUUGUUUUUUGCACCCUUAACUAGAAUUAUGAUUUACUGAGAAUGGCCAGUCCACUCAGAAACUUCAAUUUCAAAGAGUGAGGCAUAACAAGUUGAUGAAGGGAACUGAAAAUGACGUUAUGUUGAUUCAUGCCUUGAUGUCACUCCCCAGCCCACCAGGAGCAAGGGCAAAGAGAUGACAGUGAAGCAAAACAAGAAUCCUGGCUAAAUCCAAAAUGGAAAACAAAUAAUUUCUCUUGACACAUUUCAAAAGAAUCAGUGGUUGGGCUCCUUUGCAAAUUCUGUUGAAUGUUUUUGUAGAAUAUUUUUCUUCUUGCCAAUAAGUGGAUAACAUUCUUGCUCUUGAAAUAUGCUCACUUUGUUAAUGAUGGAUAACAUUCUUGCUCUUGAAAUAUGCUUGCUUCUCUGAGCACAUGUCUUGGGAGUACCGUGUUGCAGUGAAGACAGGUAUUAUGCGGCAGUACUAAAUUCAGCUUCUUUCCCUGAUCCAGUCUCUCUGUUAUGAAGUUUAUUUUGUCUGAAGAUCGAAAUAAAUAUUGGGCUGUUUCAGA